AUGUUACUUGUUUUUUGUACUCCUUCCAAUCCUAUUAGUUUAUGGGAGAAAUAUGAGGCUGACUUAUCCAAUGAUUUAGAAAGAACGGGCUUUACUAAUGGCUAUGAUUCUGCUUAUAUUAGGAGAUGUGUGCUGCAGGACAUAAAUAGAUCAUUGGAGCAGAUGGGUAAACACAUAGGUGAUUAUCAUCUGCCUGAUAGCAAGAGCUUCUUUGUGGAUGGGCCUAGAGAAACAGGCAAAACCAUUUUGUAUCAUGCCCUGCUUGCUACGUUGCGGACACAGGGUUAUAUAGCAUUACCAGUUACAUCAUUCGGUGUAGCAGCAUCUAUUCUUCUUGCAGGAAGAACUACAUACUCACGAUUUAAAAUUCCUCUUGAUGCAUCAAUUGCUAAGACUUGCCAGAUUAGUAAGCAGAGCUCGACUGCUAAACUGAUUUUUAUGGCCAAGUUAAUCCUAUGGGACGAAGCUUCAAUGGCGAAGCGAGAAACCAUUGAAGCAUUUGAUCUGCUCCUUAAAGAUAUCAUGGACAGUGAUAAGCCGUUUGGUAGUAAAGUCAUGGUUUUUGGCAGUGACUUUCGUCAGACUCUCCCGGUUAUUCAAAAUGCAACGAGGGAUAUUCAGGUUCAAGCCAGCUUUGUCAACUCUACUUUGUGGGGUAGUUUACAAAAAGUUUCUCUAAUAAAGAAUAUGCGGGCUUUUCUGGAUAAAUCAUUUUUAGAAUUUCUUCUUAGAGUAGGAGAAGGAACUGAACCGGAGAAUGAAGAUGGGCGAAUAUCUCUAAGCAAUAACAUAUUAGUACCAUAUGAUAACAAGGAUAGUUCUCUGGACAGGUUAUGUUCUAAUUCAUACCUUUUAUAUAUAUUAGCAUGCAGUGCUGCAUUAUAA